CACGUGUGCAUGAAAGGCAGGGCGGAGUUCAAGAUGUCCAUGCAGCGAGAAGCCCAGCUGAUCAAGGACUGUCUCACCUUCAAUGGACCCCCGGAUCCCCUGAGAGGGGAAGAGAUCUACCGAAGGGUUCGCGAGGCGGCAAAGGAAACCUUGGAGGCCAUUUUCGCGGAAAAUCCCCCUGCAGGAGCCCUUGCGGCUCCCACGAGAUACGCCUCCGGUAACCGCAUCGAGGGCUUCGGAUCGGGGCCGGCGGGCGGCAGGCCCGGCAACGGCUACGAUAACGACGGAGGCGGAGGGCGGUACCCCUCCUACGGCGGCGGCGGCGGCGGCGGGUCAAGCUUCACCGGAGCUUACGACGGCGGGUAUGGCGGGGGCGGCGGUAGCACCGUUGAGACGAUCGGCGCGGUGGGGUCCGCCGUUGGCUCCGCGGUCGGAGCCGCGAUGGGAAAGGCGAUCGGGGCUGGGAUGGGCAACUACGACCCGUCCAAGGACAAGACUUGGCUGGAGCGCACGAGCGAGACCGUCAAGGGUUCCGUGGGGACCGGCCUAGACGCCGUUCAGCGCCGCCUUGGAAGAGGGGCGGCGGGCGGAGGGGAGGAUGACCCUCGUUACCUUGCGCAUAGCGGCGGCGGCGAUGGGUUCCACAGCGGCUCCUACAUGAGCAACCGAGGACCUAACGCCCCGUACGGUGGAGGAGGGGGCGGAGGCGGCGGGUACCGGUCAGAGGCGGUGUCGAGCGCAUACGAAAAUGCCAGGGCCAGCAGCCAGGCGUACGCUUCGCAGUGGAAUCAGGGCGCUUCUUCUGGCAGCGGUGGAGGAGCAACCGCCGGAGGCGUUCGAGGCGUGUGGGGGGACAGCCCGAGCUCCUCCAAUAUUACGUCGACCGCCGCCCCGCCUCCUCAACAUCAAGAUGACGAUGGAAGAGGAAGGACCGGGGGAGAAGGCGCCGGCGCCGGCGGCGGGGGUGGAGGAGCUGGGAACGGGGGGUUCGUGGGGAGAACGGGGGGGGGGGCCGCGGAUGGGGGGUACGAGGGGAAGCUGGUGGAGGAGAUCUGCGCCGCGGCGGGGACAAAGUCCACACCUGGAAAGCCAGAGCUGGACGCCUUCCUGUCCAAGGCGGCAAGCCUUGACACGGGAAGGGUGGCCCAGGCGUUGCUGGUGGCCCUAGAGGCUGCCGACUGGCGGUCCAGAAGCAAGGGCUUGGCUGUCGUAGAGGCGCUUCAUCGAUCGGACCCGAGCUACCGGAUCCCCCUCGAAGAUGCGUUCCAAGGCACGGAGGGGGGAGUCAUCCCGCUCUGCGCCGACCCGAAGCCCGCCGUCAGGGAUCGAGCGGUAAGAGUAUCCAAGCUGCUGGGCCUAGACCCUUCGUCCCUCCAGGCGGCGGCGGCGGCGGCGGCGGCGGCCGCGCCGUCUCAAGAGGACGCCACGGACGGUUACUCCUGCGCCCCCGACGGCGACCCCGCUUCACCGGCAAUCUCGGGGACCACAAAGGCCGCCCCGUCCGGUCCCGCGGUAGACCUACUCGGCGGCUUCUCGGAUGAAGAAGGCGGUGACGGGGCGGGGGUUGUCGGCGACGACAUUCUGGGUGCCGGCGACGCCGCGGUCGCCGGAAGUAGCAGCGCGGACGAUGUCUUCGGCUUGCAUGAUGAUAGUGCGGCUGCGGCUGCCGGGCCAAGGGGCGCGUCGAACGGGGCCGGGGGGGGGCUGGAUGAGCUCCUUGGCAUGGGAGACGGCGGUCGUGCCGCCGUUGGCUCCGGUAGUGGCGGUAUUUUAGGAACCUCUAGCCCUGCAGCGGCUCCGGAUAGCCUGUUCGGGGACCUUUCCGUUAAGGACGAGCCCGCUGGCGGCACCGGCGACGGUGAUGCCACUGCGGAUGCCGAAGAAACGAAGACCGCGGCAGCCGGUGGUGGCGGAGGCGUGUCGGGGUUUGCGUUCAUGGGGAGCGCGGGCGGCGGCGAGGUGGAACCAGCGCAGGCGGAAGAGACGGCAGCGGUUUCGGAAGGCGCGGCGGGCACGGACCUGCUGUCCGGAUUCGGAGGAGCCCAGGCGGCGACCAGCGAUGGCGGUAACCUCUCGGACAUGCUCACCAUGUCGCCGGGAGACAUCGGCGGGAGCGGCAGCACCGCCACCGCCCGCAAGACACCGAUUGAGGCGGAAACCACCGGCGAUAAUGAUUGGCUAGGCUUGGCCGGCGGCGGCAACGGCCAGGCGGCGAGCAAAGGAGACGGUGCCGCCGCUCCUACCGCCGCCUCCGGCGAGGGCGGCGUUGGUGCUGUGAGGGCGCCGGCUUCCUCGGGGUCGCUGUUGGAUGACUGGGCAAGCGGCGGGGGGACGAAGAGCGCGGUGGAGGGGCUGGCUGGCCGGAACCAGAUGCUGCAGCAGAAGGUUAUGCUGAUGCAGCAGCAGCAACAGCAAGGGCGGGCAGGAGGCAUGAUGGGCGGGUCUUUUUCCUCCUUCACGGGCGCCUCCUCGGGCGUGGGUGUCGGGGCAGGGGCAACAGCAGCAGCGUUCGGGGGGAGCAUGGGGGGUGGUACGCCGGCCAUGAUGCGCUACAACAGCGUCGGGGGGGGGCAGCAAAGAGUUCGUGUAGGGGCUGCUGCUGCUGCUGCUGCUGCUGCGGGUGGCCUGGGGAUGAGACCUGUAGGUGUCGGAAGUGUCGCCAUCAACGGGGGUUCGGGUGCUGGCAAGCUCAUCCCCGACGUUAGCGAGCUGGGGGUAGGGGGCCAGCAGGCGGCGGCGGCGGCGGCGGCGGCGGGAGCGCCGAAAGCACCGGACUCUUUCAGCUUCGUGAGGGACGCGAUGCAGGACUCCAUCAAGUAGAUCCACCCCAUGGUUUGAGAGGGACCGCGUGAAAACCACGAUGGUUGCAUGUAAGACAGAGGCCUGCCAUGUACGGAGGUACGGACGGUGUCUGAUGAUUAUGUGGAUCGGAAAGAGGAGGAGAAUGUCUUGCAAAGCAGCAGUCGUACAGGCACCGGGGCAUUGGCCAUCGUCACACCGAUAUAAGUUUUUGCUCUCCGUCAGAUAUCAACCGCAAAUCCUCGACAUUGAUCGUCGUUUUUGUGGUCGAUCUGCGUGACGCUGGAGGAUUUCGCCCGCAACCCCAGUGGAGACGACGUCGGUGGCGUUGAUAUACUUCGCUUGGCCUGUGUAUACUUCAUUCGUGGGAGGAAGGGGAUCAAUCUUGGGAUUAUGGAUCUCGGUUCGGUCUCUUUCUGUUCCGCAUGGCGUCGAACACUGAGCGUUGGACCGGCAUUCGGAGUGGAAUGAGUGUCUUUUUGCGAGUCGCCAGCAGGGCCCACUUGAUUUGGUAGGUACUUUAGCCUCGUAAACUCGUAACACUAGCAUCUGGGUGAUCUGGAAGGCGAAGACUGCCCCUUGCGCUAGGGGUGGCGCACAAGGACAGGCGGUUUCCUAAAAGAGCGAGCCAGUGCCUUUGAUGUUUGCCGACAUUCAGACGUUCAAUGGCGUCACCAUUUUACCCUGCUCUUGGUUCGGAGUGAAAAUGAUUUUGAAAUGAUCGAUGCAUGGCGCAAAGCUGUACAAAAAUGCUCACGAGGCCCAAUCACGUACUUGAGAGCGUUCAACACCGUGGAGGUACUAGCUUACGUUUGUGGUGAUUGUGUGGGGUGGGGUCCAGUCAAGCGAUAAGGCGGCAAAGCAAACCG